UCGGCGCGUACGGUGACAGUUAACCGACUCAGAUUCGGACGCAACCCUCAAAUGGUCAAAAUCUUUCCCGGAAUAUUUCUCUCUGUCUCUGGCAUGCGAUCAUGACUACCAAAAUAUAUCCGUCGCAAUUACUCUUCUUGUUCUCGAUCUCUUUGGCUUUCAGCGCCUACGAAGCUUCGGCAAGUUCCAUCAUCAAUCCUUCCAAAGUCAAACAGAUUUCAUGGAAGCCAAGAGCAUAUGUGUACGAAGGUUUGCUUACAGACCUAGAAUGCGAUCAUUUGAUCUCUCUCGCAAAAUCGGAGCUGAAGAGAUCUGCUGUUGCUGACAAUUUGAGUGGAGAGAGCCAGCUCAGUGAAGUGCGAACAAGCUCAGGGAUGUUUAUCUCUAAAGGAAAGGAUGCUAUUGUUGCUGGUAUAGAGGAAAAAAUUGCAACAUGGACGUUUCUUCCAAAAGAAAAUGGUGAAGACAUGCAGGUUUUGAGGUAUGAGCAUGGGCAGAAAUAUGACCCACAUCAUGACUACUUUACUGACAAGGUUAAUAUUGUUCGCGGAGGACAUCGUGUGGCGACAGUGCUCAUGUAUCUUACUGACGUAGUCAAAGGUGGUGAAACUGUGUUCCCCUUAGCCGAGGAACCUACUCGUCAUAAGGGUGCGGCCAAUGUUGAGCUUUCUGAAUGUGCAAGUAAAGGCAUUGCAGUGAAACCACGACGAGGAGAUGCCCUUCUUUUCUUCAGUCUCCAUCAGACUGCUGUCCCGGACCCAAUCAGUCUCCAUGCUGGGUGUCCAGUGAUAGAAGGUGAAAAAUGGUCAGCAACAAAGUGGAUCCAUGUAGACUCAUUUGACAAGAACGUAGAAGCUGGCGGAAACUGUGCAGACCGUCAUGAUAGUUGUGAUAGAUGGGCUGCCGUGGGUGAGUGCACCAAGAACCCAGAGUACAUGGUGGGAUCUUCUGACCUUCCUGGCUAUUGUAGGCGAAGCUGCAAGGCAUGUUAAGCAUUUUGCCUCCGGAUUCCCACGCAGAAAAUGCUCUCCUUCAUCAUCUUCAUUGAGCUGGGUUUGUUAUCAAAUUUUGGUGGCUAUACUUGUUCAUUGUACAAUUUUUCUUGUUUUUCCUUCUAUACUGUGUUUUUUUUAUCGACAUUACUGACCUAAACACAUUUUGUAAUAAUCGUGUUGUUGUAAUAGUUCUUGUUAUCUUUGGAACAAUCAGUCAAAGGGAUGCUUUUCAUCUUUU